AUGGCUGCACAACUUUUUAAUCGCGUCGGUCAACUCGGCCUAGGAGUCGCUCUCGUAGGAGGAGUCGUCAAUUCAGCUCUAUACAAUGUUGAUGGUGGCCACAGAGCUGUUAUAUUUGAUAGAUUUGCGGGUGUCAAAAACUUAGUUGUGGGUGAAGGAACCCACUUCUUCAUUCCUUGGGUACAAAAACCUAUUAUGUUUGAUAUUAGGUCAAGGCCAAGAAAUGUUCCGACUGUAACUGGAAGUAAAGAUUUGCAAAAUGUAAAUAUCACACUCCGUAUCCUUUUUAGACCAGUGCCAGACCAGCUACCUAGAAUCUAUACCAUUCUUGGUGUAGAUUAUGAUGAGAGAGUGUUGCCAUCCAUCACAUCUGAAGUGUUAAAAGCUGUUGUUGCACAGUUUGACGCCGGAGAACUCAUUACUCAGAGAGAAAUAGUGUCACAAAAAGUAAGUGAAAGUUUAACAGAACGAGCUGGGCAAUUCGGUUUAAUAUUAGAUGAUAUAUCAAUCACACACUUGACUUUUGGCAAGGAAUUCACACAGGCUGUUGAAUUAAAACAAGUUGCCCAACAAGAUGCUGAAAAAGCAAGAUUUUUGGUAGAGAAAGCGGAACAACAAAAGAAGGCAGCCAUUAUUACUGCCGAAGGUGAUGCUCAAGCCGCUGUGUUACUUGCUAAAUCAUUUGGAAGUGCCGGUGAGGGUCUUGUCGAACUCCGUCGUAUUGAAGCAGCAGAAGAUAUUGCCUACCAACUAUCCAAAUCACGGAAUGUUACUUACCUUCCGCAAGGCCAAAAUGUAUUGUUAAAUCUUCCUUCACAAAAC